AUGACAACGUAUAUCAAUGCAUCGACACCAACUGGAAAUGAUCGUCGUAUUAAAUUAUUGAGUACAGAUUUAAUAUUUGGUGGUAUUGAUAAUGUUUUUGUUUAUCCAUCUCUUGAUAUCGAUAGAUUGAAAAAUGCUCUCAGUCAUACACUUUCAUCUUGGCUUAUUCUAACUGGUCGAGUUUUUAUCGAUGAUAAUGAACAAUAUUUUAUUGAAUUUUCUGAUAAAUCUAUUCCAUUUACUUAUAUCGAGAAUGAUCAACUUGAACAAUGGCCAAAUCUUCCUGUCGUUGUUGAUGAUAUGACAAUACUUCAACCAUUUAUUGAUUCAGUUCAAUAUAAACCAGAAAUUGAACCACUUCUUCGAUUGAAAGUAACUCGUUUAGUACAUAGUGGUGAAUAUAUUCUUGGUACAAGUUUUUGUCAUAUGAUUGGUGAUGCAAAUUCAAAUAUUCAUUUUCUUAAUGAUCUUUCUCAAAACUAUCAACAUCUUGAACCUUGUUUUCCUCAUCCAGUUUUUGAACGACAUCCAUUAGAUGAAGAAGAUCCCGAAGUUUCUUUAUUACCUAUUUUAAAAUGUUAUCAAAAUACCAAUACAAGAGAACUUGUCAUAGCUCGUAUUAUUAAAGAACAAACAGAAACUGAUUAUAUUAAUAUAUCAUUUUCUUCUAAACAACUCGCUCAAUUACAUACGCUUGCUGGUGGUGUUCAUAAUGGUGUAACAGCUCAUGAUGCAUUCUGUGCAUAUAUAAUUCUUACUAUGAAUAAAUAUUUAUUUCUUACCGAUGAUGAAUAUAUUCGUCGUACAUUUAUGUUAAUUAAUUAUCGAAAUACACCUGAUUCCUUAGCAACAAAUAGUAAUGUAAUAAAUGCCAUUAUAACUACAUUAUCUUCAGAUUUUCCGGAGCCACUAUCGUUGUCUAGUAUUGCUAAGACAAUACGACAAUUAGUUGAAACAACACGUCAAAAAGAUUAUCUUAGAAAAUUAGUUACUUCAGCAAAUAUUCUUAUGGCACAAUUCAUAAAAAAUGGACAUGUUAAUUUUGUUUGGGAUAAAAACGAAGUUAUAUUUAAUUCGAAUUUUAAAUACGACUGGGCAAAUGAAGCCAAUUUUGGAAUGAUAAAUCAAUGUCGAUUUCAUACUAUGGGUUUAUUUAAAUAUUAUUUUCGAAUAUUUCAAUUGAAUCCUGUGAAAGGAGAUGAUGGGAAUUGGACAAAAGAUAAUGGAGGUGUUGAAGUAGCUUUUCGAAUUCCAAAAGAACUAAAGGAAAAAUUUAUAGAAGCUUGCAAAAAGGAUGCCGCAGAAAAUUUUAUUAAUGUGAAAUAA